GUCCAGCUCCGGAUUAAGCUGCUCCGCAAGAGUGAGGUGGUAAAGGUGUUCGGUUUGUGCUUGCGCGACCCGCGGGAGACAGAUUGGUACAUGCUUGAUGGCAAUCACGGAAGACUGCGAGUGGUGGAGGAGAAAAAGUCUCUGCUGCCCAUCUGGCUGCAGGUGAUCUUCAUCUCAUUCCUGUUGGUGCUGUCAGGCAUGUUCAGCGGGCUGAACCUGGGGCUUAUGGCGCUGGAUCCGAUGGAGCUGCGCAUCGUGCAGAGCUGUGGCACCGAGAAGGAGAAGAAGUACGCACGGAAGAUAGAGCCCAUCCGCAGGAAGGGAAACUACUUGCUUUGCUCGCUGCUCCUCGGCAAUGUCCUGGUCAACACCACUCUGACCAUCCUCCUGGAUGAUCUCACAAACUCAGGUAUCGGCGCUGUGGUCGCUUCCACCGUUGGCAUCGUUAUUUUUGGCGAGAUUGUCCCCCAGGCCCUGUGUUCUCGGCAUGGCUUAGCAGUCGGGGCAAACACCAUCCUAGUCACUAAGUUGUUUAUGCUUCUAACUUUCCCACUGUCGUGGCCCAUUAGCAAGAUCCUGGACUGCGUUCUGGGUCAGGAGAUUGGCACCGUUUAUAACAGAGAGAAGCUGGUGGAGAUG